GUGGAGAGACAGGUAGACUAUAAAACCAGACGAGGAUGUUCUGGUUUCACUCUCAAAAACACAGACUGGGAUAACAUCGAACUUUUCUUGAUAUCUUAAACCUCACAAAAUGGCACAUGCUGAUCAAGCUGUAAAUGACAUCAUCUUCAAACGGAGAACAAAUGCACGCAACAAAGAAGAGUUAUAUCUUCAAGGACAACACAUUAGUAUAGAAGACCUGAAAAGGGCAGAUGGUAUAAAAGGAAAACCGGCGAUAUUUAAAUAUCUGUCAAAAGACAUCCCAGAGAUUCCAACCAAUUAUGUCAUUCCUGCGUAUCCAACACCAGUUGAAUUUCACAUCACAGAGGUGGCUCGUGUCACUAACAAGACCGGACUUCCAAUGAUUUGGGAGUCAAAGGGAUUCAAGGGUCUUGGUGAGAAUUCAUUCUCCUGGUGGAGCCUAAAGAUUAAUGAAGAGAACAUAAGAGAAGCUGAAGAGCGUUAUCUAGAGAAAGAGUUCCCAGACAGAACCUCAGAACAAAGAGCAAGACAGCAGAACUUCCUACGUUCAUUCACCACAUCACCCUGUUUCCUAAAUGACAGGUCACGCUAUGGAAACUUUCGCUUUACGUUUCCUGUGACUGAACUGAUGGACACAUACAGGAAACAGAUCUGUAACGGAGAAGAUCCAAUUCUCAGAGUCUUUGAGACCGUCAUUUACAAGCAGGAGAUUAUGUAUGUUGUUCUCGUUCACAGUCCUGAGAUGAAUCAGAAGUUUCAAGAUUAUCCAGAGCUCAAAUCCAGCUCAUUCAUUACUUAUGAUGAAGGUAAAAUCAUCUGGAAAGCACAAGCCAUUUGUGAAACACACACAUGGAAGCUGGUAAAAGAUCAUGAGAGCAAAAUGGCCACAACAGAAAAGGUUAAUUCAGGAGAGUUUUAUGUCUGGGAUCAUGUUAGCCUGGCCUUUCACAUUGAUUCUGUCCUUGAAUUCCCUAAAAGAAGGCUAAAAGAAAGCAUUGAUUAUUGCAAAAUAGAUAAAAUAAACCUUUCAAAUGGAGAAAGCUGCUCCCUUGAAGAAGCUAAGAACAUUUGUGAAGCUUUGGAAGAAGAAAAGUAUGAACCUGGAGAUGAGAAUGAAAUGGAAAUGACAUGAAACACAUGUUCUAGGAUGUGUGUAUUCAAUGCCAUUGUUUGAUUUGAUCCCCUCUUCAGCAUUGAGUUUUUACAUUAAACAUUAAUAAAUGGUGGAGGAUAAUAAUCUUUUUCUCCAAGAAUGUUUUUAGUUAUAGAUACAUGUUACUAAGUUUUAAUUAAAUAAUACAUUGAUGUAAUCAACAAGAUGUUUUUCAAAAACAUGAUACAGUAACGUGUGUGGGGUCAUAUUAUUUAGUAUUAUUAUUGUAAGACAUAAAAAGUGUGUUUAAAUGAUGUAUCUUUAAUGGUGGACAAUGUUUAGUGACAAAACUGAGGUGACAAAAUAAUGCUUGGUGUAAGACUUUUUAUUUUGUAACAAAGUGGUGAAAAUGUAUUUCUAAAACAGUGGAUAUUGACUGUUCAAUAUCUCAUUCAGAUGUAAUUUUAAAAUGAUGAAUAAAUGGUGUCAUUAUAAAUCUUUGAUCUGAUCCUCUCUGAAGUGUUAAACAGGUUCUGAAUAUUUCACAACAAAA